CGUUGCAACACGGUUAUAAAGAGUGAGCGUUCGCACGUGUCUGUCUAAUAUGAGCCAGGAACGCCACACUGAUUAAAAGACGUCCUAAAAAAAGGCAACGAUGCUGUGGACACCUCAGCACAGGGACCUGGUCCUGACCGUGAACAGCAUCACGCUGAUCGCCGGCCUUCCCGCCAACCUGCUGGCCCUCUACAUCUUCAUCCAAAAGAUCAGAAAGCGAGCCACACCUCUGGACGUGCUCCUGCUCAGCCUCACCAUCUCAGACCUGAUCUUCCUGUUCUUCCUCCCGUUCCGCAUGAAGGAGGCGGCCGACAUGAAAUGGAGCAUGCCCUACUUCCUGUGCCCGCUGUCGGGGUUCGUCUUCUACACCACCAUCUACAACAGCACUUUCCUCCUGACGGCCGUCAGCGUGGAGCGCUACCUGGGCGUGGCCUUCCCCAUCAAGUACAAACUGAAGCGGCAUCCCCGGAACGCGGCGAUCGCCAGCGUGGUGUUCUGGAUCGUCUCCAUGUCCCACUGCAGCAUCGUGUACAUCAUGCAGUACUACCAGCACAGCAACGGAACCUACCUGGACCCGUCCAAGAAGGAGGUGUGUUACGAGGAGUUCAGCGCCGAGCAGCUGAAAGUCCUGCUGCCCGUCCGCCUCGAGCUCUUCAUCGUGCUCUUCUGCGUGCCGUUCGCCGUCUGCCUGUUCUGCUACGUCAACUUCAUCCUCAUCCUCUCCCGGCUGCCCAACAUCAACCCGAAAAAGCGUUACCGGGCCAUCGGGCUCGCCCUGGCCACCCUCCUGGUCUUCAUCAUCUGCUUUCUGCCCUACAACAUGUCCCACGUGGUGGGCUUCGUCGGAUGGUACAGUCCUGACUGGAGAGUCUACGCCCUCCUCACCAGCACCUUCAACGCCUGUUUGGACCCGUUCAUCUUUUACUUCUCGUCCUCGGCGCUCCGAGAGGUCGUCAAUCACUUCUUGAUGAGGCUGGUCAAGCGGCUGCCGUAUUCCUUCUGCCCCGGACCUUUCGACUGCCACCAGGUGAACUGCACCAUCACCGAGGAGAGCACACAAAGUUCCAACGACAGCUCGCGCUAGAAUCCAGAACUGAAAACUAACCCUAGCGCCGGACCUGGGACCAGCACCUUUCUGGACCCAGUGCACCCUCCACCCACCAAGACCUUCAAUCCACUCGGACUCCUUUAUCUUCAAAGUUCAUUAAAUCAGUUUGCCAGUAGUUAAAACCUUCCAUCCUCCCAUAUCCAAGCAUCAUCAUCAACAAAGAUCAAACCAAAGCACUUUGUCUUCACGUUCUUUGGAGUUUACGUUGGCGUCUACAUUCUAGAACUUUCAGUAAAGAUUCAGAUCUGUGAUUGGUUUCCAUCGCACCAGUAGAAGAUGGAGAUCAAGCCGAAGCUCUCGGUCUGCAGACUGUCUACAUUCCUCACUGUGAUCACCCAGUGGUGUCGCUGCCCUACCAUUAUAAACUACUAGAAAAUUCUGAAUGGGGCAUCUGGGCACUGGUGCUUGAUUGAGUCUUUGUUUGUUUGGCACACACCACAGAAUAUGAUGAGGAGAGAAUGAUUGGGCAUAAUGGCAUUACUGGGAAAAUCAGAUUCAUUAUUUACACUGAUUGGUUAAAAGUCUACAAUUACCUGAUCAAAACUUAUUGGACAACAUAUUUUAAAUCAUGGGCAUAAAUAUAUAGUCCCCACCCCCCCCAUUCGCAUCCAUAACAGCCUUCACUGUUCUUGGAAAGACUUUUCACAAAAUCUUAGACAGUGUUUGUAGAAAUUCGUAACCAUUUGUACAGUAAGCAAAUAUCAAACCUGGAUCCAUGAGGCGAAGCAGCACCGACACCACCCGUAUGUAGUGCUAUAAGCCAGCCUAAUUCAAUAUCAGAUCAGACGUGUUUAUAUCAGCCAGCCAGUUAUUAUUAAGUAAAAUGUAAACAUUUAUUAUUGUAAAAAGAAUACAUGAUACGCUGGUGCACAUUGCUUCCUGGAUGACAGGAACCCAAAUUAUAAUAUAUUUCAUUAUUAUAAUGCUAACAUUUUUUUUAAAGGUUUUAGAAGUAAUAUAUACCGCUUUACUGUAUUUAUUUCAGCUUCUAAAUACUAUAUAAUGUAUAUAAAUAUAAUACAGUAUAAUAUAAUGUAUAUUUGCUACUUUGACAUUUCUUAUGAUAUAUAAAUAAUUUUGACAACAGACCGACUUUUGCUUGAUUGUGUGAGACGUUACAGACCAACAAGAAGGUCUGAAGUUAAAGGAUGGUUAGAAGCUUCAUAAAAAAAGACAGAAAGAAAAAGAAACACAA